CAGCCAUGUCUCUCGGCGGAGCCCCUGAGCGCAGCGUCCCGGCCACCAAGAUCGAAAUCACCGUGUCCUGCCGGAACCUGCUGGACCUCGACACUUUCUCCAAGUCCGACCCCAUGGUCGUGCUCUUCGCGCAGAGCCGCGCCGGCCAGGACUGGCGGGAGUUCGGACGGACUGAAGUGAUCGACAACACGCUGAACCCCGACUUCCUGCGCAAAUUCGUCCUGGACUAUUUCUUUGAGGAAAAGCAAAACCUGCGCUUCGAUGUGUACAACGUGGACUCCAGAACCAACGUCUCCAAGCCGAAGGAUUUCCUGGGACAAGCGUUCCUGGCCCUGGGAGAGGUGAUCGGAGGGCAGGGCAGCCGCGUGGAGCGGCCCCUCACGGGGGUUCCUGGCAAGAAGUGUGGGACCAUACUGCUGACCGCAGAGGAGCUUAGCAAUUGUCGGGACAUUGCCACCAUGCAGCUGUGUGCAAACAAGCUGGACAAGAAGGACUUCUUUGGGAAAUCAGACCCCUUCCUUGUAUUCUACAGGAGCAAUGAGGAUGGCACGUUCACCAUCUGCCACAAGACAGAGGUUGUGAAAAAUACACUGAACCCCGUGUGGCAGCCCUUCAGCAUCCCCGUGCGGGCACUGUGCAAUGGAGACUACGACAGAACAGUGAAGAUCGAUGUGUACGACUGGGACCGGGAUGGAAGCCAUGAUUUCAUCGGCGAGUUCACCACCAGCUACCGGGAGCUGAGCAAAGCCCAGAACCAGUUCACAGUGUAUGAGGUUCUUAACCCUCGGAAGAAAUGCAAGAAGAAGAAAUAUGUCAACUCGGGAACUGUGACGCUGCUCUCCUUCUCUGUGGACUCUGAAUUCACUUUUGUUGAUUACAUCAAAGGAGGGACACAGCUGAACUUCACAGUAGCCAUUGACUUCACAGCUUCAAACGGGAACCCCCUGCAACCCACCUCCCUGCACUACAUGAGUCCCUACCAGCUCAGCGCCUAUGCCAUGGCCCUCAAGGCAGUGGGAGAGAUCAUCCAGGACUAUGACAGUGACAAGCUCUUCCCAGCCUACGGCUUUGGGGCCAAGCUGCCCCCAGAGGGACGGAUCUCCCACCAGUUUCCCCUGAACAACAACGACGAGGACCCCAACUGUGCGGGCAUUGAGGGCGUGCUGGAGAGCUACUUCCAGAGCCUGCGCACAGUGCAGCUCUAUGGGCCCACAUACUUUGCUCCUGUCAUCAACCAGGUGGCCAGGGCGGCAGCCAAGAUCUCGGACGGUUCCCAGUACUACGUGCUGCUCAUCAUCACAGACGGGGUCAUCUCUGACAUGACACAGACCAAGGAGGCCAUUGUCAGUGCCUCCUCGCUGCCUAUGUCCAUCAUCAUUGUCGGUGUGGGACCAGCCAUGUUUGAGGCCAUGGAGGAAUUGGAUGGCGACGACGUACGCGUGUCCUCUAGGGGGCGCUAUGCAGAGCGGGACAUCGUUCAGUUUGUCCCAUUCCGAGACUAUGUCGACCGGUCGGGGAACCAGGUGCUGAGCAUGGCCCGACUGGCCAAGGAUGUGCUGGCCGAGAUCCCGGAGCAACUUCUGUCCUAUAUGCGUACCAGGGACAUUCAGCCUCGGCCCCCGCCCCCUGCCAGCCCCAGCCCAACCCCAGCUCCAGAGCAACUCUGAGGAUCUCACCUACCCUAUGCCUAGCAGUCUGCCCACCUGUCUACCCACUGCUUCUGCUGAAGGCCAGAGGCACCCAGAGCCUUGGACCUCCCUGGGAGGCCAGAUUGGAGGGUCGGUGCCGGCUGGUCAAGCACUCCACCCCCUUGUCCACAGAAGGGCCUGCCACUGU